GAGACAGAGGCCAGUCCCAGCCUCUUCCGGGCCCCACGCUGGCGGAUGGGCGGAGGCCAGUAGAGGAUUGGGAGGAACAGCCGGCCAAGUCGCCGGGAUCGCGGGCGGAAUCCAGAGACUCACUCACUGAUGGUGGUUUUCCCUUCGCUGAAGCCAGGAAGAGUUGGAACCAGAACGCUCCUUGAAGACAAGGAGGGCUUGCCAAAGGAAUUUUCCAAGCGUGUAAAGAGCCUGCACUUUGUCUGAGAGGACAAAGCACGGUUUGAGGAGGAUCUGUUUACCACCUGGCCAUGGCGGGCCAGGGUCGGUCCCUUCACAUGGCCACGCUGCUGACAGGGCUUCUGGAAUGCCUUGGCUUUGCUGGUGUCCUGUUUGGCUGGGCCUCGUUGGUAUUUGUCUUCAAAACGGAGCAUUACUUUGAAGAGCUGUGUGAACCAAAUGUUGAGCUCAUGAGCAAUGCCACCGAAAAGGCUGACUGCAAAGGCCAGGAUGAGAGGUUCUCGCUCAUUUUCACCCUGGCAUCAUUCAUGAACAACUUCAUGACGUUCCCCACUGGCUACAUCUUUGACCGGUUCAAGACUACUGUGGCCCGCCUGAUUGCUAUAUUUUUCUACACCAGUGCCACACUCAUCAUAGGCUUCAUCUCGGCAGACUCUGCCACGCUGCUCUUCCUGGCCAUGCCCAUGCUCACCAUUGGGGGGAUCCUGUUUCUCAUCACCAACCUGCAGAUUGGGAACCUAUUUGGCAAACACCGGUCCACCAUCAUCACUCUCUACAAUGGGGCAUUUGACUCGUCAUCAGCUGUCUUCCUUAUCAUUAAGCUUCUUUAUGAACAAGGUAUCAGCCUCAGAGCCUCCUUCCUCUUCCUCUCUGUCUGCAGUGUCUGGCAUCUUGGGCGUACCUUCUUGCUGAUGCCCCGGGGGCACAUCCCUUACCCAGUGCCCCCCAACUACAGCUAUGGCCUGUGCUCCAGAUUUGGCACCAAAGAGAAAGAAGGGAGAACAACCGAGGAAGAGAAAACAGUGGAGCAUGAGAACAGAGAGCUACAGCCCAAGGACUUGCUCUCAGCCAAGGAAGAGAGCCCAGGACCAGAGCAGCAGCCGGAAGUCCACUCGUUUCGCAGCUGCGUUCUCUCUCGGCGCUUCGCCUGGCACUUGGUGUGGCUGUCUCUUAUACAGCUGUGGCACUAUCUCUUCAUUGGCACUCUCAACUCUUUGCUGACCAACUUGGCUGGUGGGGACAGGGACCAAGUCAGCGCCUACACCAAUGCCUUCGCCAUCACUCAGUUCUUCGGCGUGCUGUGUGCCCCCUGGAAUGGGCUGCUCAUGGACUGCCUUAAGCAGAGAUACCAGAAGGAAGCGGGGAAGACAGGUCUCUCCCCCUCGGCUGUGGCCCUCUGCUCUGCGGUACCUUCCCUGGCCCUCACAUCUCUGCUGUGCCUGGGCUUCGCUAUCUGUGCCUCCAUUCCCAUCCUCUCCCUCCAGUACACCACCUUCAUCCUACAGGUGGUCAGUCGCUCCUUCCUGUACGGGGGCAAUGCCGCCUUCCUCACCCUUGCUUUUCCUUCAGAGCACUUUGGCAAGCUGUUUGGGCUAGUGAUGGCCUUGUCGGCCAUUGUGUCGCUGCUCCAGUUCCCCAUCUUCACGCUUAUCAAAGGACCCCUCCAGAAUGACCCCUUCUAUGUGAAUGUCACACUAGUGCUGGCCACUCUCCUGACAUUCGUCCAUCCCUUCUUGGUGUACCGUGAAUGCCGCAUUCAGAAAGAAAGCCCUUCUCUGGCCGCGUAGAUCAGAAGUCAUUGCUUUUCAAGCUCUGGGGAUGUUUUCCCUAACUUUUCCUCCCCUCUGAGGAUUGCAAAGACUUUGCCCACUCAAGAUACUUCUAUUAAGUAGCCAUUAUUUUAAAAAGAAAGCAAAAGGACUGGAAAAAAAAA